UAUUUUGUAAGCUAUUUUUAGCAGCAAGAACUGUGCAACUUGAACUCGCAUAUAAAUUUUGUGUAGAGUGGUCUUGACGGAAGCCAUACAUUUUGGUUGCAAAAAGCGGGCAAUUUAUUCAGUUUGUGUUCUCGGCCUACCUCAGCAAUGGCAAGAGAUGCUGCAGGAUCAUUUCUAUGUGGUUUUGGUCGUGCGAGCUGUCAGAAAUUCUUCGCGAUCUGUUUGCUUUCGUUGUUGUUGAGUCAUGUGACUCUUGCACAGCCAUCCGCAAAGGUGAAUCCCUCCAUUGCAUCACAGAGGCCCCUAUGGAGAGCAGGGGAGGCAGAGGUGGUCAUCUACCGCAUUCCCUUGCUCAGUUACACCCCUGGAGGGCGCCUGCUGGCCGUCGCUGAGGCACGGAAGUACACUGGGGGAGACGCUGGGCCUAAAUUCAUGGUGAUUCGUCGAUCCUUGGACGACCUGGGUGAUGAGUGGGAGCCAAUGCAAGUCAUCGUGGAUGACGGCUACCUCACUUUUGACGGUCUCAACCUUGGCAAUAUCAUCGUUGAUGACGAGAAGGCCAUCAUCUUCAUCAUGUUUACGGUCUGCAACCAUCACGAUGGGUGCGACGUCACCAGCACCAAGCUCAUCAGGAGCCUUGAUGAUGGGGUGACGUGGUCUAAAGCCAUGAAUAUCUCCGAGCAGAUUGGAACUCAGGUUUUUGCGCCUGGCCCUGGGUCCGGCUUUCAGAAAAAGUAUGCCCCCAACAAAGGUCGGCUCGUCUCCUGCGGUCAUGGUAGCUUGUACACAGACGGCAUCUAUUGCCUGCUGAGUGAUGACCACGGCAUGACGUGGUUUUGGGGCGGAUCCGUCAUUGGAAUACCGUACGGGCAAGAGAAAGUGGAAGGGGACUUUGUACCAGACGAGUGUCAGGGUGUCGAGCUCCCCAACGGCACGAUCAUGAUCAACGCACGCAACCAGUACCGCUUCAAAUGCCCCUGUCGCAUAGUAGCCUGGAGCUUUGACGGCGGUGAGACGUUGCCCAUCCAAGACGUGUAUCAGGUGGAAGCGUUGAUAGAACCCGCCUGUGCAGCGGGCUUGCUGUACCACCGCAAUGUGCUGUUAUUCUCAAAUCCCAAAAGCACCACAGCAAGAGUGGCCCUCACGCUACAGUGGAGUUAUGACAACGGAACGACCUGGAAUGGCGAGUAUCAGAUCUGGGAUAAAGCCAGCGGGUACAGCACCAUGACAGCUCAUCCGGGAGCUUCACAGUACAUCUUCAUUCUCUUUGAGAAGGGCAUCACGUUGACAACCGAGUCUAUUGAGUUUGUACGCGUGAGCUUGUAUGAGGACGUUUAAUCGAGAUUCCAGUUGUUAACCAACGAAGUGAGAAUCAACGAAGACAAAUUCAUCGGACAAAGACUGUUCUAUUUUGUAUCCUUCAGGACCAUGUGAAGAUAAUCUAUGCAUUACAUUUUAAUGUAAGUUUUAAUAAGCCUUAUCUUGAGGGUAUGAGGGCCCAAUGAUUACGUUAUUUUGGGGGUAUAAAAAGAUGUGAAUUUGACAAGUUACUGCUACAGAUCAUAAAGUACCUUUUUGAUGACAUUGACUUUUUAGAUUUGAGUAAAGUUACUUAUAACUGCUUCAACAGAUGGGAGUUUUCUUGUGUUUGUAUGCCCAGAAAAUGGCAGCACCCUCAUCCAACAAAUGUGGUCUAUCAGCAGUUAACUGCUGUACAUAGUUUAAGGAUGAAAACAAAAUUAAAUUUGCAUUUACGGUAAGGCCCUAAAAAUUAUCCAGGGAGGUAGGUAGAAAAUAAUUUUUCUUUUGUAAAUCUUGUUUUAUGGUGGUCUGUCUGUCUUUUAUGCUUUGUUUUCAUUAGGGUAUCUUUAACAGUAUUCUGUGUAAAUAAAUCUGUUUAAGUUUAAUAGACCAAGAACACACAAAAGAGCUUGCAUAGAGAAGAUUUUUUUUAAAUUUUCAUGUCAUUAAAUUCUUUUAUCCAAAUGUGAUAAUAAAAAAGGUUAGAGGUCGGGUUACUGUAGGUAGGUCGGGUUACUAUAAACACACUUUUUUAUACCUAAAAAUUUCUACCAGUUUUAAGUAUGAUCCUGCGUCAAUCAUGUACCAUGCAUUUGUAUUUUUUAUAUUUUGCUUUGAUUAAUGGAUUCAUAUUUUGCAUGUAUUUGUAAUGAAGUGGUCCCUACUAUUUUUGUCUUGCCUUGAUUGUUGAAAAAGUAUUGUUUAUCACAAAAGACCUCUGACGGUGAUGCGAUUUCUUUUGGCAGGCUGCCUAACUGUUGAGGUGCAUUUAGUAUUUUUUGUAAACAUUUUCAUCAUAAUAGUCAUGAUCAGCAGGUUACAUAAUUGGAAGAGUGUUUCACACACACUACAGUUAGGUAUUUAAUGGUUAUUUGAUGUUUGUGAAUUUUUUUUUUUCAAUUGAUGCAACAAAAUUGCUCAAAAUCCUAAGUUGGGUGUGUAACAGCUAACCUGUUGUAGGUUUAGCACAGAGGCUGCUAUGCAUUUAGAGAAAUCAGAGUAAUUAUAUGCACAAUUUUUUGGGGUCUUGUAAAUGGAUUCCUUAGAGCUAAAACCACUUUCAAUUAUUGUUUUCUUUCGAACAAUUUGGUGCAAUUAGCAAUGUUCCUAUAUGUAAAUGCCUUUAAAGUGUCUUUUUUUUAUUAUGGCACAUUACGUAUAUACGUAAGCAGAAUACUGCAUACUUUGUCUGCACACAUAAGUAAGUCUAUGUCAUAAAUUUUUUUUUUAUUUGUCACAGGAUAUAUUUCCAGUGAAAUUGAAAAUUGACACACAUACUGACUUUCAAGAGUACUAAUAUUUUAGCUGGCAACAUUUUCAUCGUCAUUGGUUCAUGUAUCAUCUGUUCUCUGUUAAAAAAAUUCCAUGAAAUUGAAAGCUCCCUUGAUAAAAAAAAAUUAAACAAAAAUUGAUAUGCAUAAAUACUGCGAGCUGUAGGAGCAGGAUGUUCUAAAAUUCAAAAUGAGAAAUUGUUUAUUUGCUAAUUUCAUGGACUGACUUUUUGUGUGCAAUGUCUUAUUAGAAAGCCAAUUCAAUUGGAAAAUUCAUUUGUAAGAUGCCACACAUCCAAAUGACUCAUUUGGCUUGAUCGCAUCACAUAUAUAGAAUAUUUGAUCAAGUCCAAAUUAGAAUAAUCAAAUAAAUGAAUACUAAAUUAUGAUAAUGAGACAUUAGAUUGACGCUCAUGGCCAUAGCCAUAAAAUUAUAUUAUAAUAUGUAUAGCACUAGUGUGAUAAUGUACGGGGUUAAAUAUCUGUAUAUAAUUUGGAUGAUUAAAUGAACUACUGGUUAGAAACUGUGAUUGUUUGGAUGGGAAAGGACAUGUUUGGAUAUUUUUGUAUGUAACACUGAAAAAUAAAGAUUGACAUUCCAAA